AUGGCAGACCUGGGCUGCAAAAAGCCCAGCGACUGCACCGUCUCCAGGCUCCUCAGCGUGGUGGAGAGCGAACUGCGGGCUGGGAGAGACAAAGGCGACCCCACGGAGAAACAGCUCCAGGUUGUCUUGGAGGAUGCGACGCUCUGGCAGAGAUUCAGGGAAGUCACUAACGAGAUGAUCGUGACCAAGAAUGGCAGGCGGAUGUUCCCCGUCCUGAAGAUCAGUGUGUCAGGCUUGGAUCCCAACGCCAUGUACUCCUUCCUGCUGGACUUCGCUCCCACUGACGGCCACCGCUGGAAGUACGUCAAUGGAGAGUGGGUGCCAGCUGGGAAACCAGAGCCACCCAACCACAGCUGUGUCUACAUCCACCCAGACUCGCCCAACUUUGGGGCCCAUUGGAUGAAAGCUGCCAUUUCCUUCAGCAAAGUCAAACUUACCAACAAGCUCAAUGGGAGUGGGCAGAUAAUGCUGAACUCCCUGCACAAAUACGAGCCCCAGGUGCACAUAGUUCGCGUAGGAGGCCCCCACCGGAUGGUGAUGAACUGCUCCUUCCCUGAGACUCAGUUCAUAGCAGUGACUGCCUACCAGAAUGAAGAGAUAACAGCUCUCAAAAUCAAGUAUAAUCCCUUUGCCAAAGCCUUCUUGGAUGCAAAGGAAAGAAACCAUUCUAAGGAUGCUCCAGAGGCAGUCUCUGAAGGUCAACAUAUGACAUAUUCUCACUCUUUGCCCCGGCCGGCUCCGCAGGCUGCGCACGGCUGCGAGAGAUACUCAGCGCUGCGGGGCCACCGGGCUGCCCCAUACCCGCCCUCCUACGUGCAGAGGAAUCACUCCCCGACAGCUAACUUAUUGGAGACUCCCAGCAGUAAUCUUCAGGUAUUCUCAGGACAUGACAGCUGGACUUUGCCAUCCUCUCCACACACUAAUUUGCUCUCACUGCCACAUACAAAGGGAGGUACCAGCCCUGGACCCAGCCACUACCCUUGCCUGUGGACAGUGAGCAACAGUGCUGUAAAUGUUGCCAACCCAGGAAGCGAGGUGAACAGCAGCCCUCCAAGCAUGUUUUUAAGGGGUAAUGUCCCCUUACCUGCUGCAUCAUCAGUGCAAAUCCCUCUGCAGGGAAUGGUGUCUGGCAGCAUGGAAACACAAGGGGAAGGCACUCUCACCAGACUGUCUGACUCCACGUGGACAUCCUCACACUCCUUUUAA